GCUUAAAAAUGCUAACAAGAACUUUAUUCAAAACCAAGCUGCAUAGCAACCUGCUUCAAACUCCGUUCAAAAGUAUGGCUUCGAUUGCAGAUAUCAAGAAUCUUCGUUCAUCCACUGGCUCGCCUAUUGGCGAGUGCAAGAACGCACUUGAGAAAUUCAAAGGAGAUUUUGAAAAAGCCAAAGAGUGGCUUAGAGAACAAGGAGUUGCAUACGCUGAUAAGAGGACCGAAAGAUCAACCGCUCAAGGCCAGAUUGGAAUGAAGGUGGUCAAUGAUAACCAGACUGCUCUUAUGAUUGAAAUCAACUGCGAGACCGACUUCGUCGCUAAAACAGAUAUGUUUAAAGAUGGAGUAAAGACUUACCUUGAUACUCUUGCUAAAGUAGAAGGUCUUGAAAUAUCUUUAUCUGAGAAAGAUAGCGAAGAAGCUAAAGAGAAGUUUUUAAGCUACAGCCUUCAGUCCUCUCUAGACCCAGAUGCACAAUCAAUGACAGGAAGUGAAGGCCUCACUUAUCUCAUUGCCAAGACUAGAGAAAACUGCAAUAUUGGAAGUAUCUUCAGGAAGACAGCCAGAGAAGACCAAAAGUGGGGGAAUUACCUUCAUGGAAGCCAAGCAGCUGAUCUCUGUAAGACCGGUUCUUUAGUCCUUAUGAACUCUACUAAUUCAAAGGUGGAUCUCUCUGCUCUUGCCAACACUAUCGCCAUGCAUGUGGUUGCAAUGAAGCCAACCUUCAUCUCUCAGUCAGAAGCUGAUGAAAGUGAAGAAAAGGUAUCUAAAGACCAAAUUCUUCUCAACCAAGAACUAAUCUGUCCUCAAAACACCGAUAAUCUAACUGUAAAGGCCUGGAUUCAAAAGCAAGAGGAGAGCCAUGGAGCCAAAAUCACGAUUGAGGAGUUCAAUAUUUUCUCUUGCUCAUAA